AUGUCUUCACGUUCACUGCCCGUCACUCCUACUCUCGAAGAAAAACAUAGCGGCAUUCCGACCCGGCUGGUAGAGCAGGCAAAGAGAGCAAAAGAAUUGUUGUUCUCAAGACGAACCAAGACCGAGAAUACUUCCAGUUCCAGGCGACGAGUCCAGCUACCACCCUACACCACUCAGGCAAAAUUUGAUAAUGCCAUCACUGCAUUGAAAGCCGCUGUUGGAGCUCAAUAUGUGUGUGUCAAUGACGGCGCUUUGGUGGAUGGUUGGUACAUGGAACAUCCCAAUACUCACGACAGCAAUCAUGUGGCGAACCAAGACGCUCUGGUGGCUAGUGCGGUGGUAUACCCUUCGACAACCGAAGAGGUCCAAGCCAUUGUCAAAUGGGCUAAUGAAUUCCUGAUACCAAUUCAUCCCAUUUCAAUGGGUAGAAAUCUGGGAUACGGUGGCGCUGCACCCAGAGUAUCUGGAUCAGUGGUGGUCGAUUUGGGAAAGCGCAUGAACAAAAUUCUCAAGAUCGACGGUCAGAACUACUCGUGCCUACUGGAACCUGGUGUGUCUUACUUUGCAUUGUACGAAGCCGUCAAGAAGAGUGGUCACAGUCUCUGGAUUGAUUGUCCAGACCUUGGAGGAGGGAGCGUGAUGGGGAAUGCUUUAGACCGAGGCGUCGGCUAUACUCCUUACGGUGACCAUUUCGGUAUGCAUUGUGGGAUGGAAGUUGUCCUCCCGGAUGGCACUUUACUUCGGACUGGGAUGGGAGCUUUACCAGGUGAAGAUGACACAGACAAUCUGACGUGGCAGUCAUUCCAGAAUGCAUAUGGCCCCGCCAUUGAUGGCAUGUUCAGCCAGUCGAACUAUGGUAUCGUGACAAAGAUGGGAUUUUGGCUUAUGCCUGCCACCGGAAGCCAAUCGUACCUGGUCACAUUCCCUCGGGAGGACGAUUUCGAGCAGCUUGUCGACCUGAUCGGACCCUUGGCUGCAAGCCGUGUAUUCGGAAAUGUCCCUCAGAUUAGACACGUCGUUCAAGAACUGGCAGUCACUGGAAAGCCACGGAGUCAUUUCUGGCCCGAGGGAAAUGACAAAGGCGGGCGAAUGCCGCGAUCAGUCAUAUCUCGCGAGGCAGCAAAGCUCCCUUGCGGCGAUGUGAGCUGGAUCUUUUAUGGCUGUCAAUAUGGUGAUCCAGCAACCAUUCAGUCCCAACUUGACCUCAUCAAGACCACAUUUGCAAAGGUCAAAGGCUCCAAAUUCUACCUUCCCUCAGACCUGCCAGACGAUCAUUACAUUCAUGAACGAGCGAAGGUCAACAUGGGCGAACCGGUCUUGAAGGAAUUGGACUGGUUAAACUGGCUCCCGAACGGUGGUCAUAUUGCGUGCAGUCCUAUCCUCCCCACAACUGGGAAACACGCCCGGACGAUGAUGACGAUAGCCGAAAGGUUGUAUGCGAAAUGGGGAUUCGACUCAUUCAGCACCUUAUGCGUUGCGGGUCGAGAAAUGCACUUUAUCUCUGAGAUCGUCUUUGACCGCGAAGACGCUGACAGCAAACGAAGAGCUGCUUGUCUGAUGAGGGAGCUCAUCGACGAAGGGGCUCAGAAAGGGUAUGGAGAAUACAGGACUCAUUUGUUGUAUAUGGACCAGGUCGCAGGAACCUAUAAAUGGGGUAACGGUGCAUUGGGUCGAUUCAAUGAGACCAUCAAGGACGCGUUGGAUCCCAAUGGGAUCAUAAGUCCUGGAAGGAAUGGUAUCUGGGGCAAAAGAUGGAGGGAGAAGGGUUGGAAGAGUGGACAGGUCGGUAUGCCUAGGGAGGUCAAGUUAUGA